AUGACUAGCCAUCAUCAAAGAGAUUGGGCUGUUAAGCCCGUCUCGACUCCUAAUGACACCUCCUCAGCACAGUCUGCUCCUUCUGCCACAGCCCAAGGAAACAAAUCGAAACCUCAACCCAAGAAGUUGCGAUUUAUUACCAGUCAAGGUGCUCCUCAAGCCAAAAGGCGUCGUGUUUCUACUGCUUGCUUGGUUUGCAGAAAGCGCAAGGUUGCAUGUUCUGGUGAACGUCCGCAUUGCAACACGUGCACUAACAACAAAUUGGAUUGUACUGGCUAUGCUGAUGACAAUUCCUCUGGAAAUCAAAAUGUCGAUGAGACGGAGACUCCUCGCGCUGCCGCUCCUGUCUUGCGUCGUUCCGAGACAUCAGAUUCGAUCAAGGCCCCUCCUUCCAGGAAAUCAAAGCCGGCAGAAUUCAGGUUACAUAAUCAGAGUACGACAACACCCUACACCGGAAAUCCUACACCUAAUCCACCAGAACCUGUUCAAUCGCAGCCUUCACGGAAUGAUGAUGAUCAGAGCUAUUUCCCGAAACCAACUUCUUCCUUGUUCUCCGGCGCUCGAAAUCGUAUGCCUUAUUUUCGAUGGCUAGGUCCGACUGCCAUCAUGCCAGGCUUCAAGCAGAUGGUCGUCAAAGUCAAUCGCUCAUCAUCAACAACCGACGACGCUCGCACGCCGCAGACCCUGCCUUUCUACGACAAUUCAUCAAUGCCGCCGAGCGAACUGAUCACACACCUCUGCGAUACUUUCUUCGUCCACCUUGCCUGUAAUUUUCCCUUUCUCCAACGCGAUCGUUUUCUAAAAGACCUUGAGGAGAAGCAGGUCGAUGCAAUUCUGGUUGAUGCAGUUUGUGCUCUUGCUGCUCGUUUCUCUACCCAUCAUUUGCUUGUCCAGCAAUCGCGCGAUGGCCAACAUGUGAACCAUUCGGAGCAAGGUUCUGCUUUUGCUCAACGAGCGAAGGUGGCCUUGAUUGAUACAUAUGCGACGCCCAGUGUCGCUGCUGUGCAAGCUGCGCUCUUGCUUGCCUACAACGAGUUUGGCGAAAGCAGAGAUAGUGGUCUCUGGAUGUAUCUUGGUAUAUCCAUCCGCAUGGCUCAAGAUUUGGGUUUGCACAAGCUUGAUGGUCUCCGUUAUGAAGCUCGUGAUGGUUCUUCUCCUAGAUACUCGAGGAAUGACAAACAAGUGGACAGGAUGCUCGGCCGUGCAGAUCUACAAGAUCAAGAUCAGGAUACAGCCGAGGAGCACAGGGCAGCGGAACGCGAGCGAGUUGACACCUUAUGGGCAGUCUUCUUCCUUGAUCGAGUUGUUUCUUCUGGUACUGGACGACGAAGCACGUUGCAAGAUGAUGAUAUUGAACUCUCCUUCCCGCCCCUCGAUUUGUUGGAUCCUAAAACUGGCUGGCCUUCGCCAUUCCCUGCACUGAUUCGAAUCGUCUGUUUGUAUGGUCGAGUUGCAGACCUGCUUAACAGUAUCAAGGAGCCUUCAGACAUUACUAGCGAAACGCCGCAACAAUUGGCAGAUAUGGAAGCGCGGGUAACGAAUUUAUAUCAGGGCCUCUCCCCGAAACUCCAUUUCCAAGCCAUGAACUUUCACCACUAUGUAAAAGCUGGAGAAGGAACCAAUUUUGUUUUGCUGCAUUUCUGGUUCCACACGCUCAUUGUCUUGCUUCAUCAACCGACAUUACUCAAAACUUUCGAAGGCAGAAUGCUUCAGCUGUUUCCUAACAGUCAAGCGUUGUCCAUGUCUUCCGCCAAAACCAUUGCAGACAUCUUAUCUUACUCACAACUCAUCGAUACAAAAGCCAGUCUUGGUAACCCCUUCACUACACAGCCAAUCUAUAUUGCUGCUUGUGCUUUUCUCAAGGAAACCGCCGAACAGACGGCCACCUCAAAAGAACAUUCACGCUCUCAAUCGGCGGUAAACUCUCCAAAUAUGAUACGACCUUCAAGCAUGUUGUCAAACAGCACCAGACCGCCGAUGGUGGAAAGAGCACUAGCUCGCCAUACAUUACUGGCAACAGCAGCCAAUCAACAUUACCAGCUUUGCUACAAAGCGUUACAAAGUCUCGAGACAUACUGGGCAGGCACAAAAUAUAUUCUGACAGUCUUGGACCAAAAGUUCAAAGGUGUUGGAGACCCUCUCUUGUACACAGUGGAAGAAGGAGAAAGUGCUUUCGAGCAGCCAGAACCAAAACCUGCGUUCACUCAACCAGGAUGGCGAAGAAAGACUCCAUCGAACCCAUGGUCUCCAAGCGCAUUGAUGCAGAGUUCAUUUUUGCAAUCUAAAACGCCUCCUGCGGUUGGUGACCAAAAUCAACGUAAGUCAUAG